UCGAUACCCUCGAUUAAAAUUCUUAAACUAGAAUAAUAAAAAAUGAUCACUAAAGAAACAGUAGAUAUAUCUGCAGAAGAUAAAAAGGAUACUCCUGUAUCAGGAAACAUGUCAAAAAAUAGUUGUCGCGUUUGUGUGUCAUUUAAAAAAUGGAUGCAAAAUCAAAAUAAUUCUUUAUUUGAUAAAGAGAAGACAUCGAAUUUAGAUAAUAUAGAUCUGACAAAUUGUCCUCCGGAUUCAGAGCUUUUAGGUCGAUCAACAUGGACGUUUCUUCAUACAAUGGCCGCAAAUUAUCCUGAAUUAGCAACAGCAAAAGAACAGGUUGAAAUGCAAGAAUUUUUAAGAGUUUUUGCAAAACAUUACCCAUGUUUUUAUUGUGCUCGAGAUUUUCGUGAAUGGAUGAGUCGAAAAGAGAAUCAAGUGAAAGCGAAUGGUCGAGAAGAUUUGUCGUUGUGGAUCUGUCAAGCACAUAAUGAAGUUAAUAGAAAAUUAGGUAAACCGAUAUUUGACUGUUUUAAAUGGAAGGAGCGAUGGCGAGAAGGAUGGAAGGAUGGUAGUUGUGAAUAAUUCUAUGUUUUUUUAUGUAUUGAAAUCGAGGCGAUAUUAGAAAUGUAAUAUUUUAUACCUAAGUAUCAUCUAGUAGAAUCGUUCGAUGAUUUUAUACUAAUAAGAGAUUCUAAUAAAGAAAGAACUUCAGAAGGACCUUGAAUAUGCCAGUCUGCUGUUGUGAUCUGAUAAAAAUAAGAAUAUUAUAAAAAAAAAAAGUAUACUUUAUUUGAUGCACCAAUGGUUACAGUAAAAUAUGUUUUUAAAUCUUCUCUUUUUUUUAAAACACGAAACAUGUCUUUUAAUUUUUAGUAUUUUUUUUUAAAAAAAGUUUAUUAACAACUGUUUACCUUCGUCUGUUUUAUCAUCUCCUGCACUAAAAACAAAAUCGGGUUUUUCGUCUUUAAAAAGGGAUAAUAAUUUAUUUACUACUUCACCUUUGUUGAUAGAAAAAGGUCGAACUUCAAUAUUUGCCUUCCCAUUUAAUACUUCAACCUUAUAAUUUGACGUAAUUAGACUUUCUAAGUGAUUUUGACAUUCUAAUGCCUGAAAAAGGCCAUAAUCUGGAUCUGCCCGACGAUAAUGCCAUGUAAGCGUGCAUUUUUUUUGUUCAAUAAAUGAGCCUGAAUUAAUGUUGAAUAUAAAUAGUUUUUUUAAAAAAAUAUUUACCUUGAGUACGUUCUGUAUAAUAUUCGAAAAUUUUAUAAACUUCUUCUUGCCAUGAUACAUCCAUAUUUUUUGUAAGAUCUAACCAAUUAGAUGUAUUUGGAAAACGCAUAUAGCAACCAUGUUCUGCGCUAAUAAUUUAAGUUAUAAAAUGUCUUGUUAUAACUAAAUCCUUACCUCAACCCUAGUUGAGGAAUAAUAUCUAGCCAUUUUGACAAAAAAUUUUGAUCACGUCCAGAAAUUAUCCAUACUUGGUUUUUGGGAUUUUCAGCUAAUGCUCUUAAAACUUGCAAAAGUUGUUGGGAUGGGAUAGCAAAAAGCGGAUCUUUGACAAUUGGUGUUAAUGUUCCAUCAUAAUCAAACAUAAACAAGCGUUUAUUUGCUUUAUGAUAUGCAUUUGUUAAUAAUGUAGUAUCAAUAAUGGGAGUGAUUUGAUUAUAGUUAAAAGU